AUGCGAGAGCUCCGCAAGCACUACCCCAACCCCUUCGCCGAGGGCACCGAGGCCGCCGCGGGCAAGCCGGGGGCCGCGCUGGAGCCGGAGUUGGAGCCCGUCAACCCUUUUAUCGACUUCGAGCAGGGCAACAGCGCGGCGGCGGUGCAGAAGCGGCUCUUGCCGAGCCGCCCCUUUGUCUGUCUGCUCUGCCAGCGCCAAGAGGGCGCGCAUCACGCGGGGCCCUCCACGCCGCGCUUUUCCUUCCUGGAUGCCCUGCUUCAUCACAUCGAAACCGCACACGCCGACGAAGGCGGCACCGAGGCCCUCACCGAGGCGGAGUGGGCCUCGCUCCGGGAGAUCGAUCAGGUCUCCUACGGCAAGGCCAUCGCCCCGAGCGGCGAGGGCCCGACGGAAAACGGCGCGGCAUCUUCUCGGACGGCAAACGCCUCCGGCGAGGCGGUGGCGGCCGACGGCGCGAAGGCGGCCAAGGCCGAACCGGACGAUGACAAGGCCCCCAUCGCCGCUCAAGGCCCGGUUGGGGAGUCGUCGCCGUACGGCGCCGAGGCGGCGAUGGGGGCGGGCAGCCGCGGCGGGAGCCCCGAGGUCGCCGAGGGCGAUUUGGACGCGCCGCGGUUUUCUUCUUUGGCCGGCGUCGCGGCGAGCCAAGUUUCCGUGCAUUCCCGCAUGGCCGUCGAGGUGGUGCUGCUCGGCAUCGUGCGGCAUAUCCAGUACGGGGUGUUGCCCGAAUCCAUCGGCGGCGCCGAGGCCAAUAAGGGGGGCUACACGCAGGUUUUGCAGAUUAUUCUCGGCGUCGAAUCCCCCUUCUCGCCGACGCCCGCGAUGGAUGCGGAAGGGCGCCCCGAAGGGGGUGAUCCCGACGGCGCCUCCGCGCGGCCUGACGAGGGAGGUCGGGCCGCUUCGGCAAAGCCCGCGAUCCCGCGCUCUGCGGUCGAGGGGGAGGAGGAGGAGGAGGAGGAGCUUGUCGUGGUGCGCUGCUUGAAUACGUGUAGUACCCUUCCACUCACACUGCUCCAACAGAAACUUCACGUUGGAUGCCGGGCUUACGUCGAGGGGGCGCUCAAGAUGAACCGACACGUCGAUGAUAUCUCACGUCGAUCCCACGCGUAUCCUUAUGUACGGGUGAUCCCACCACAAGGAUCCAUUUUAAUACUGUAG